GUGUUACAAAGUUGGUGUCCGAAUUCCCGGUCCACUCGAUUGUAGCAACUCUUCUCCAACAAUCACACACCGACAGCACGAUAACGGCUCCUAUUUUAAGGUCUUCUUCGAUCGCAGGAAUAUCGUUGGAUUUGUCCGCAUCACGACAGCCGAUCAUCGCUGAAAGAUGUCUGAAGGAUGGUGUUUGACAGAAUCCGAUCCGGCUAUCUUCACUAUCUUGUUGUCCGAACUGGGCGUCUCUGGAUUACAGGUUGAAGAGCUAUGGAGUUUGGAUAAUCAGAGUCUCGAGCAAUUGAAACCGGUACAUGCGUUAAUUUUUCUGUUCAAAUAUGUAAAUUCGGAUCAACGAGACCCAAGUAAACAAGCUGGAGAACAACAACCAGCACCGCCAGGGACUUGGUUCGCGCAUCAAGUGAUUACGAAUGCCUGUGCCACCCUGGCCAUCCUCAAUGCAGUCAUGAACAUUCCCAGCACGUCUUCCAAGAUCCAACUAGGCCAGGAGUUAAGCCAACUGAAGGAAUUUUCAGUGGAUCUCGACUCGCAGAUGACCGGAGAACUCUUGACUAAUUCGGAGAGGAUCAGAGCAGUUCAUAAUUCGUUCGCACGUCCGGACCCAUUCCAACGAGACGAGCCGAAGCAAAUGAGCACUGAGGAUGCGUAUCAUUUUAUUACGUAUCUGCCGCUCCAAGGGAAGUUGUACGAGUUGGACGGGCUCAAUGGAUUGCCGGUCUUCCAUGGGAAAAUCCCCGAGGGACAGAGCUGGACGAGCCUUGCUCGCGAAGUGAUCCAGAACCGGAUCAACACGUAUUCUAGCACCGAAGUGCAUUUCAAUUUGAUGGCGGUAUGUGAAGAUCGACUGAAUGUGUUAGAAGAAAGGAAGGCGAGUAUGACAGUAGAUAGUAUGGGCUAUGAGAACCUGAAGAUGGAGAUAGAGGCCGAAGAAGCCAAGCGAAAGCGAUGGGCGGAAGAAGUGGCCAUCAAGCGACACAAUCAUAUCGGCUUGAUACAUGCGUUGAUGGUCGGGUUGGCCAAACAUGGAUCCUUGGCCGAGCGGGUCAACCUCGCCAAACAGAAGAUGGUCGAUCGUCAGAGGAACCGGACUGGCGGACAUGAGAUGCAAUUGGACUGACUUUCUUAUAACUUCCUUCCCCCCUCUUUUGCUUUUGGAUGGAUAUGUUGUUCAUUACUCUGUGUUUACAUACAUAUGGUCACAACGUCAUCGGGAUCCGUCGGCAUGCAUUCGAAGCGUUUGGUGGACUCGCUCGUCAUCCUAGAAAUCAUGUUGUGGACGGGAGAGUUGGAGCUUUAACAGGAACUAGGACACACUCAAAACUUGCUCAAUUUAGCCUCUGUUUUUUUAAAUAAAAAAAAAAUAAAGGGGGAUUUUUAGGCUUGAAUCAACAUAAGUCUCCCCCUCCUUUCUUUUGGUUUGCUUGGAAGGAGAAUGCUAUGAGACUCUCACUGAAUAGGAGAAAUAUGGAUGAUAAAAAAAAAGACUCAUGAAAAACCGGCGAUGGAUGGUGAUGAUGAUUCGAUGCUUAAUGUGGGCCUUUAUACCAUGG